GGUGAGGCUUUGGGAGCGGGAGGCGGACGGCGGAGUUCUGGGAGGACUCGCUGCGGCGGUCCUGGGUGCCUGAAAACAAGCUUUCCAAAGUGAGGCCAGAGAUCCACCCAGAGAUGAAAUAACUUCCAGCUGGCUCUGUGGCAGGAUUUCCAGGCAGCCACUGCACGGACUGCAUUACGUGUUAUCAGCAAUAUCCUUAUCCUCAGCAAGAGGAGGCCUGGAAGACCUUCGCUUGCAGGAACAGGGGAGCUACAGACCCCGUGAAGAAGCUCGCAAAAGGUGAGAGUUGUUGAUGUUCUGCAGAGGUGAAGAGUGGACCUAAGCUCCAGAUUCAGGCUUCCUUCUCAUGCUACUGACGGGCCCGGGAGAAGGAGCAGAAGCUGGUGAGUCUGAAUUUGCUCAUUGUUCUGAACUCCUGUUUCACUUCUAGAACAGAGGCCUAGCUCUGUCUCACCGUACGAGAAGCACCGUGGCGGGAUGGUGAGUGUCAUACAGCGCUGCAGUAUUAGAACAAACUGCUCACGUACUGAGGAGCCACUCACAAUCGAGGAUGUCACGGUGCUCUUCUCGGAGGCCGAGUGGAAGACUCUGAGCGCGGAGCAGAAGACCCUGUACAGGGACGUGAUGCUGGAGAUCUACAGGAGUCUGCUCUCCGUGGACCCAGACUCGGAAAUCUUCUCCUGUUCCUCCUGCCUCCUGGAUUUCCCCUGUCAGCAGUUCCUCCGGCAGCACGUGCUUCAGCUCUUCCCCGACUUGUGUGCGGAGAAUCACUUCCAUCCAGGGGAUGCCAGCCCAGGGCAGCCUGAGCAUCCGGAUUCUGACCAGAACUGCAGGAGUGAAAACUCGGAAGGGCAGGAGAGAGAAGUCUCCAGACCCUUGUGUGGGAGCCCAGGGGAGAGAGCGACCUCAAGGGCCUUCUCCAGCCCAGCCUGGGGAGGGUCAGCGAGCCCCGGAGAAGGCAACCCAGGGGUGGGAAUGGAGGCCCACUCAGACUUCACAGACCAGGCGGCCCUUUCCUGGGAGAAACCACCUUUGUACAGUGAGUGUUGCCAAGGCCUUACCCAGAAAUCCUAUUUCCUUUGUCAACAGAGGACACACUCCAGUGAGAAACCUGAUGUGUGUAACAAGUAUGAGCCAGGCUACAGCCUCAAGUCAGCUCUCGUCACACACGAGAGGACACAUUCAGGGGAGAAGCCACAUGUGUGCAAUGAGUGUGGGCGAGCCUUUAGACUAAAAUUAACGCUCAUUAUACACCAGAGAACACAUACAGGGGAGAAGCCGCAUGUGUGCAAGGAGUGUGGGCAAGCCUUUAGCUGGAGGUCAGAUCUCAGCAAACACCAAAGCUUACACUCAGUGGAGAAGCCUUAUGUGUGCAGUGAGUGUGGGCGAGCCUUUAGGCUAAAAUUAACGCUCAUUAUACACCAGAGAACACAUUCGGGGGAGAAGCCACAUGUGUGCAAGGAGUGUGGGCGAGCCUUUAGCCAACUGUCACAUCUCAGAAAACACCAGCGGAUACACUCAGGGGAGAAACCACAUGUGUGUGAGGAGUGUGGGCGAGCCUUUAGCGACAAGUCAACUCUGAGCACGCACCAGAGGACCCACACGGGGGAGAAACCUUAUGCUUGUAAGGACUGCGGGCGAGGCUUCAGUGACAAGUCCAAUCUCAUCGCACACCAGAGGAUACACUCAGGGGAGAAGCCCCAUGUGUGUAAGGAUUGUGGGCGAGCCUUUACCUGGAAGUCAGGUCUCAACCAACACCAGAGGAUGCACUCAGGGGAGAAGCCCCAUGUCUGCCUGGAGUGCGGGCGAGGCUUCAGCCGGAAGUCACACCUCCUCAGACACCACAGGACACACACUGGCGAGAAACCGUACGUAAGCAGUGUGGGAGAAGCUUUCGAGGCAGGUCAGUGCUUAUGACACACUAGAGGGCACACUCGGGAAAAACCUUACAUGUGCAAAGAAUGUGGGCCACGGUUUUCCUGCAAUGCAAAUCUCAUCACACACCAGAGGGCACACUCAGGGGAGAAGCCAUGUGUGUGUGAGGAUUGUGGGCCAGCUUUUAGCUGGAAGUCAACUCUCAUCACACACCAAAGCACACACUCAGGGGAGAAGGCACCUGUGUGCAAGGAGUUUGGGCGAGCCUUUAACCCGAAGUCAGCUCUUGGCAAACACCAAAGGACACAUUCAGGUGAGAAACCUUGGAAGUGCUGAGAAUGUGGGCAAGGCAAUGCCCAUUGCACAUCAGUUGAUACACUUGAGGAAGCCACAUGAGUCUCACACCAGAGGACACACCUCAGGAGAUAGGCAGCAUGGGCGAGAGUGUGGGUGAGGCUGUGGCCAAAAGUGGCAUUUCACCAAACACCCCAAGGAUCCACUCAGGUGGGAAACCACAUGAACCAGGACUGGGCGAGGCUUUAGCUCCAUUUCAACUGCCCUUAAACAUCCAAGGGUACACUGGGGAGACUAGGACGCCCAGGUGUACAGAGUGUGGGUGAGGCUUGUUGGAACAUAGGAAACACCACUUUGGUAUUGGAGUGGGAGCAAGGCUUCAGUCACCAGUGGAACUUUAUUCCCACCAGAGGACACACGCAGGAGAAGUCGCUGUGCAAAGCGUGUGGGGAAGCUGUAGUUCUAAGCACAGACUCAUCGAACAUACGGUGCUCGUUCCAGAGAAGCCCUGGGCUUGCAAUGGGAUGUGUGCAGGCUUUAGCUGCUGCUCGCUUCUACACCACAGGAAACAGCCGAAGCUUUGGGUGCCAGGGGAAUAGACUGGAAUUUAGGACAAAGGCACACUUCAGUGGACCUCAGAGAACAGGUUUUUGAGGAUUGGGAGAAUGAGUUUUCAACAUGAGUCAUAUCUCCUUGCACCAGAAGCCCUCAGGCAAGGCAAGCAGAGUCUGCCCACGGGCAGCAAGCAGCAGGGUGGGUCAGCAACAGUCAGUGGCUCGAGAGCUUAGCAAAGCAGACCCUGAUGGGAUAUCUGAUGCAAGCAAUGCUAGGUGACAGGGUCCCCCAGCCUCAAGCUCAGUGAUGUAUGCACCAGCCGCAUGGAGAAGCAGGUCUCAACGGAGCCUCAAGCUCUUAGGGAGGGCAGGAUCCUCAAGUUGCUUGGCCUGCCCCCGUUGGUGUAGCCCACAGCUUGAGGCCGACAACUAGCAGCAGCAUGGGCUUGCAGAGCCAUUUCUCUCUGCCCUCCAGUCAGACUGACCUGGUUAAUCCCACAUGUUCCUGUUGUCCAGGUCCGCACAAUAAACCUAUCAAAAAUGCCUAGUUUCGUUCUUGAAUUCUUAUACAGUGAUAGCUCAGUUGUCCAGCUCAAUUUGUUCCAAAGGAGUGUUUUGAACACUGAAAAGUUUGAGAACUAAAUAUAUUUUUCCCCAUAAGAAAUAAUGGAAAACAAGUAAUUGGUUCUGAGGCCCCCAAACUACACUUACAAAUCCACUAAGAACUUGUAGCCUUCUCAAAUGAUCGCUGUCUGAUACAUGGUCGCCAUCAAGUUACUUCUGAUGUAUCCCAAUGCACAGUGACUUUUCAGCUUCUUUAUCUGGGUUUUUGUUUCCUGGUUAAUGAUUUCACAUAUUUGGCUACAUUAGUGGCUUUAAUCACCCCUCCCCGCCCCCCACCCGCCCAAAAGUUGAUACUGUUGACUUAGCAAUGUUGUAUUGAGUCCCCAAAUCAGGCAGGUGCUCUGGAUUCCAGUUCUCAGUGAUUUCUGUAACUAUCGCAGCUCUGUUUCCCUCUUGGCUUUACUGCUGGCCUCCAACUUUGGAGCGGCGGUAAGGACGUUUUACACAAACAGCACAUAAAGGCACUAACACAAGCCUGAUGUGGGCAGAUGCAACUCGUGACCCACAGGUUUUGUCAAGUCAAAUUUAGAAUUCGACCAUAAAAGAGUUGUUUUCCAAACUUUACUGUCCCAGUAGUGGAACGUUCAGGCUUGGAGCUCUUGACACCCAAGUAUCACGGUCAGCAUCUUCAUGUUCUAGCAGUCUCUGGGGCAUGCUUCUGUGUUACUAUGUCUCAAAGGUUUAUUCAUUUACCCAAAGCUGUGUGCUUUCAUUGCCACAUCCAAAGCCAAGCCCACUGCCACCAAGUUGAUUCCCACACAUAAUGGCCUGAUGGGAAAACCCAGAACUGCUCCAUCAUGUUUCCAAGGUGGUCCUCUAAGGAAGCAGGCUGCCACCUCUUUCUCCCAGGGUGGCCCUAUAGGACAGCCCCAUGCGUUUCCAAGGUGGUCCUCUUUAAGGAAGCCACUGCCACAUCUUCACGGUGAAGCAGCCGGCCUUUUGGUCAUCAGCUGAGUUGAGUCACUGUACACAGGUUCCUCGCGGUGUGUUAUAGGCCGUAACUAUGCACAAAGCGGAAUUAAAAGUCCACUUGCCCACUGUGAUAGAGUUGUACGAGCCUCCAAUACAAUGAUUUUUUAUAAAAUCCAUUCACCUGUUAUUGGAAUAUUGAUUACUCACACUUUUUUUGGUCCCUAUUUCUCUGACAAAUAAUGCUGCUCUAAGAAAGAUACUUGUUUCCUAGCACAGUACCCGAUUUUAAAACAAACCCACUGCCAUGGAGUCGAUUGCAACUCACAGUGACUGCAUCUGAGGCUUUCUCAGACUAAAUAUU